UCCAACCUGUCCUUGGCUGACAUUGGUUUCAUCUCUACCACGGUCCCAAACAUGAUUGUAAAUAUUCAGACUCACAAUGUCAUCUCCUAUGUGGACUGCCUGACACAGAUGUCCUUUUUUGCCAUUUUUGUCUAUAUGGAUUAUAUGCUUCUGACUGAGAUGGCCUAUGACCGGUUUGUGGCCAUCUGUCACCCCCUACAUUAUCCAAUCAUUAUGAAUCCUCGCCUCUGUGGCUUCUUAGUUUUGGUGUCAUUUUUGCUGAUUCUUUUGGACUUCCAGUUGCACAAUUUGAUGAUCUUAAAAAUUUCCAGCUUCAAGAAUAUGGAAAUUUCUAGUUUCUUUUGUGAUCCUUCUCAACUUCUGAAUCUUUCCUGUUCAGACACCUACUCUAAUAUCAUUGUCAAAUACAUUCUUAUUGUCAUCUAUGGCCUUUUCCCCAUUGCAGGGAUCUUUUUCUCUUAUUACAAAAUUAUUUCCUCCAUUCUGAAGAUCCCAUCCUCAGGUGGGAAGUACAAAGCCUUCUCCACCUGUGGGUCUGACCUGGCAGUUGUUUGCUUAUUUUUAGGAACAGCCUUUGGAGUGUACUUUGGAUCAUCUGUAUCACAUUCUCCUAGAAAGGGUGCAGUGGCCUCUCUGAUGUACACUGUGGUCACUCCCAUGCUGAAUCCUUCAUCUACAGCCUGA